CUGGUCCUUUUGACAAAACAAUCGCGGUAGAAAGAGGCGGAGCUGUAGACGAAGCCUGGGAACAAUAGAGAGAAGCGUCGGAAGGGGAGCGAGAGGAAGGAAGGGGAGGGCGAGAGAUGGGGAUCCGGUUCGUGCUGCUGGUGAACAAGCAGGGGCAGACGCGGCUGGCGCAGUACUACGAGCACCUCUCCCUCGACGAGCGCCGCGCCCUCGAGGGCGAGAUCGUCCGCAAGUGCCUCGCCCGCACCGACCAGCAGUGCUCUUUCGUGGAGCACCGGAACUACAAGGUCGUCUACAGGCGCUACGCCUCCCUCUUCUUCCUCGUCGGCGUGGACAACGAUGAGAAUGAGUUAGCCAUCCUUGAAUUCAUACAUCUUCUCGUGGAAACCAUGGACCGCCACUUUGGCAACGUGUGCGAGCUCGACAUCAUGUUCCAUCUGGAAAAAGUGCACUUCAUGCUCGAAGAGAUGGUGAUGAACGGUUGCAUCGUGGAGACGAGCAAACAGAACAUAUUGGCGCCCAUCCAGCUUAUGGAGAAAACCUCGUAAAUAGUGUGUGAGCUCAAGAGCGCCUAGGUUCCUCUUUUGUGUGAGGAGAAAUGCCAGACAACUGCUGUAUGCAUGGGUGGUUGUGUUCACCCGACUGGAAAAUGUGAAAUGUCCUGUAAUGCUGAAAAUGAAGACCCCAUCAUCUUACUUGUUACUUGUAACAACAGUUCUGUAAAAUAAUACUCUGCUUGUGCUGCUUCUUCUAA